AUUCGUUGCUUUCUGUUAUUUUAUUAUCAGUUUUUGAAAAAUUUUACAUGUAAUACCAAAUGAUAUGCUUUCUCAUAUACAUUCCGUUCUCGGAAUUUUGUAUAGCAAACAAUAGAUAUUCUACUACAUCUACAGACUUAGUUUUAUCCAAGGAAAACAAAAAACUGUUAUUCAACCCAGAUUGCUACGUGGGAAUUCUUUUGGAUUACAUUUGCCAAACUGUUGGUGUACCCAAAGAAGAACAAGAGAAUAUUGACUUGCUUGAUGAGAAACUGAAUUUUUUGAAUAUUUCCAUGUAUCCACCAAACGCCGAAGGUAUCGAGAUUUUUAACAAUAGAAUGACUUAUUACCUAGCCUACAGAAUUGAUAAAGUUUUUCAGCCACUCUUAGCUGUGGAUAGUCACGAGAGCGAUGAAUUUCUCAAUUCAACAAAAAGACGUUCAAAGAGACGUUCAAGUUUAAGUGCGACAUCUAAAAAUUCAAAAAAUGCUAUUAAGAAUUCACUUCAUACUUUACCAGAGUUAAGUAUAUCAACAAAGAGGAGUCCAAAUUAG